ACGUUAGUAAGCUGUUUUAGCCAUUUAUCGACUUUCUCGGUGCGAUUACCACCGAGAAGAGCGAUUACCGACUGUGUGUCGCUGUCCCGAUUUCACAGGCACUGCCGCUGUUUAAUAAUGUCUCCUCGGUGGUUGUAUCAUCGUGCGUAGUGCGUUUGAUAAAUUCUGUGUUUGACCUGUACAAUGUUCAUAAAAACAGUUUCGAGGCAAUUAUAAUUUUCAUCAAAAUUUGUCUGUGCCUAAAGAUGGAUAUGAACUAGAGAACACGAUCAGUGUUUAGAAGCAAAGCUCUUGGUUUUCAAAAAUAUAACCUUCUUCUAUAAAAUAAAAAAAAUGGAUUCACCAGGGUUGCAAGCUCUGGAGGUAGCCAAGAACAUGAAAGACUUGUCAGUGUUCAAGAAACCGACAGGAGUAGUUAAAAGACAAAGAAAAGUGCAACCAAAAAUUUUAGAUGAAGAUACAUAUAUUAAAAGAAUGGGGGAAAUCAUUCAAAAAGACUUCUUUCCACAUUUGGAUAAGCUUCAGGCACAGAAUCAGUAUUUGGACGCAUUGGAACAAAAUGAUGUGAAAAGAAUGAGAGAGCUCUAUGAGAAAUAUAGUUCUGGGAGACCGACGACAGAGAGACCAGCUAGUCCAGCUACUUUUGAAACACCUUUGAACAAAACUGAACAGGAUGAUGAACAAUUCAAUGCUUCGAAGUUAACAAAAGAAUCAUCGGUCAAUGCGAGUAUUAAGGAUAAAGAUAAAUCAGAAAUUACAACUGGCUUAGACGCAUAUUUAAGUACACAUACGAGCGAAGAUAAUGCAAGUUUCGAAGAGAUGAUGGUAGAAACAGAGAAAAGACUUAAACUGAAGUUCGCUUGGCUUUACGAAGCUGAGGAGAAUUCUAAAUUAGCACUAACAAACGAUGAAUCCUCAGAUAAAUUAGCUAUUGAAAAUGGUAAUAAGAAAUCUAAUCAAUUAGAUAGCUGGAGUUAUAGAAACAAGAAUUAUAUCAUGUACGUUCCUGAUGGAGUUGAACUAACACCUGACGAGAAAAUAGAUCUGGCUAAGAAGAAGCAAAUAGUGGUGCAUGAAAAUACGAGACUUAGAACUAAUCCGUUUAACGAGCAACAGAAUAAAGAAACCAUUAAUGAACUAGCAAAGAGUCAAUCGAAAGCCAAUGAUGGAAAGAUCGGAGUUGAUGGCAAGGAGAUUGUACGAAACCCUACGCCAAGAGUGAACGGAUUUAGUUUUGUAGCGACUCCAAGUCCAAGACCAGGAGAAUGUGAGAGUCCUUUGAUGACCUGGGGUCAGAUAGAAGGUACACCGUUCAGAUUAGACGGUGGAGAUACACCUUUAUUAAGAUCGAAUCAGGGGCCAUCGUUUAGAAUGGCAGAACCCCCCAAGAGAGAGCAACUCGCAUUGCAGUUGGCAGAAAAAGCUGGUGAGAGACACAGGGAUAGAAAGAACAAAGCACUGGAAGCAGCAAGGAAAUCAUUAGCAACGCCAUCACCCAGAUCGACCAUAGAUCGUCUCAGCACUAUGUCCCCAGCCGCUAGAAGAUUAGCUACGCAAAAACUUCGGAUCGCGAGUACGCCUAGUCCACGAAGAAUACAGUCUUUACGGACACCGUCGAUAGGUAUCAGAACACCUGGCACUCCACGAAUAAAUACACCGAAAUCCGAAAGUCUUGGAUCACAAGAAAAUAGUACACGAAGCCAGGGCCCUGUUCUUACGGAUAACUUACUUAAUUUACCUCUUCAAAGGCAACGAGCGGCCGAUUUUUUUAACAAGUGUACCAGACAGAAGUGGAUGAUCCUCAUCGACAUGAAAUCCUCGACCCUGAGUACCCUUUUCGUGGUAGCGACAGCGUGUACGCUGAUCGUUCAGAUACAAAGCCAAUGCGCUACGUGUGGCGGAUUGGGGCAAGAAACUCUGUUGUCUUCAGGUUCAAAUCCUUGUAGCUGCACCGAUGUCGUCGUGCAGGCUGCGAAACUACCAAAACCAAUGUAUUACGUAUCGCCGCAGGAGAUCAAAGAUGCUGCGACUGCAAAUACUAUGAUUGUAUCAACCGAUACAUCAUCGCAGCCUGAUUAUUCAAAUUCGCAAAAUACUGGCAGUGUCAUAAUCACUGAUAAUACUGAGCCUAGUGCUUACAGCAGUAUCACGACGACUACGUACAAGAAAGGUUGCGGAUGUCGCGGAAACAGUCAAAAUGCGUAUAGUGAUUCAACUGUACAAAGUGAAAGUGCUUCCAUUAUAUUAACUGAUGGUGGUUCAUCAGAUUCUUCUUCUGGAAUUGUAUUAAAUGAUAGCGAUUUCCUCGAUUCGUCCGGAUCGAUCGUAUUGAGCGACGGUGCCAGUCCUGGAUCCUCUGGAGCGACUGUAACGUACGCGGCUGAUGUAUCUUACACUGACAAUUUGGGAGACGCGCAAAACGUAGAAACCGUAGAUGUUGAAGAUACAAUAACGACGACGACAAAUUUUAAUGGCAACAUCGUACCCAAAUUUUCACCGAUCGGCGAUCUGUGCUAUCCUCUUCCCGUGGAACCACUUAGUGGGAAAAUAAUAGAACCGAAGAUAAAGACCAAAGGACAGAAAGUCAUAGUCACACCGGCUUAUCCCGGGAAAUACGUGUGCUGUCCCCGUUCGGUUCCCUAUGAAAUAUGUAUAAAUACAGCAACCGGAGAAAUGAAAACCCAAACGCUUGUGUCCGAUUCAUCCGAUGCAAGUGCAUCCAGUUCGAUAGUGUAUGGAGCAACUGGUAACAACGGAAUAAGUGGAUUAUUCGGAGGAUCGAGAACUGGUUCGUUCGGAAGUCUGAGCUCUGGGACGUUCGGGACAUCGGAAUCCGGAGCGUUUGGUGGAUCCAAUAUUAAUUCAUAUUCAUCGUUUACUGGGGCAAAUUCUGGGAUGUAUAAUUUGCCUCUAGUGUUAAAUUCUGCGAAUGGACAGCAGCAAUAUGCGAAAAUGACUAUGAGCAGUACUUCCGCCGAUUGCUUCGACGAUAUCGCAGGUGAAACUUCGGUAGAUUAUUCGUCUGUAUAUCCAGCUCUACCGGCAGACGCUGUGUCUCUGACUCUCGCAUACAAGAAUCUCCGUGGCCCAAAUGUGAUAUAUAAAAAAGGGAAACAGUUUGUCCCUGAGGAUAAAUUAUCUUUUGGUCACAGAACAGUGCCAGCCGACGUAAAGAUCGAAAGCCGGAUUCCCGAUAUAGCUGAGGAGAAACUAGUUACGGUCGAUAAGCCUGUUGUCGAAUUAAGAUUGACACCACCAAGGACCAUCGUCCUCGGGUCUUACGAUGAACAGGAAGAAGCUAAGCUCGCGGAACUUGAAGCAAUCGAACGCGAAACUCUAACGCAAGAAGACCAAAUGGCGGAUAGUCUUAUCACCUACAAGGAGUUGGGGUACGCUCCGGUAGGUGUAAAUUAUGCGCAACCCAUGCGUUAUAAUCAAGGAAUAAUUAACGGAAGACUAGAAGACAGCGCAGAGGAACCGUGCGGUCCUCUAGGACCACCGUUACCCGGUUACGUUCCAGGCAGCGUGGUAGUUCAAGAAGACUUCGUCGAUGGUGGUUUGAGUAGCUCCGUUAUAGGAGAUAUUGACUCGACCCUCGAGAUUCAAAGACCAUGUGCAUAAUGAAUUCACACAUGUACAGAAACGUGAAAACAAUAAAAAGAAAAUUGUAAUAAGAA